AAGGUAACAUAUAUGUUUGAUGAAUCGUCAGCUCUAAGCAUCAUCGAUGAUACAAAGCCCUUGACUGCUAUCAUCUCUGAGACUGAAAAUAAUGGCAGCUACAUUUUGUACGAGAUCAAAGUACACCGGGGAGCAAACUGUGAUGUCACGUGGAGCGUACAACAUAGGUACAGCGACUUUGCUGCUCUCAAUUCCACCUUGCAGGGUUGGGGAGUAGGUGAUCUUCCUUUUCCGAAGAAGAAGAUAUUUGGUAACUUGGACCGAGGAUUCGUAGAGGAUAGGAAGAAGGCUCUGCAGGUUUAUCUGGACGUAGUACUGCAGAAUACCUUACUAUCUGGUACACUUGACGUAAAGAAAUUUCUAGAUCCUUCUCACUACGACGAUAACUUUGAAGAGGAAGCGUUGCGUCAAACCAGUAUGCUGCUGAGGGCUGAACCUCACUGGAAGAUGAUUGAGCCUCUGAAGAACAUAGGACACAGGAUCAAGCGGAGCUUCUUUUUAGUUAACUGCGAAACAGAAGUGGUGGGCAAACAGAUCCUUAGUUGGACGGAGAUAGGCCCUUACUACAGUUUUAGCGGAAAAGAAAUGUCCUCUCUCACUAAACUGCUGACGACUGUUCAACAUCCCUAUAUCACACCUGUGACGAUGGCAGCGUUUAACCAGAGUGGAGUUCAUGUUUCACGGCCGUUUCACACAGCCGGUUCUCUCAGAGACAUCCUCUGCGCUGCUAAACCCAAAUCACCGUUCUUCAAGAAAUAUAUGGGCCAAAGAACUAUUCUACCGGAAAAUGAGAUUGCUGUAGCUGGCAGAAAUCUUCUGGAAGCUCUUGUAUUCUUACAGGACCGAGGUUUGCCUUACGGACACCUUCAUUCAGGAAACAUUAUGGUCGACACUACUUCAAACGGUAACAUCUACAAGUUAUCAGACAUCGAGAAUUUCUUGCUUGGUCUGCCGAGCAGACAUCGGAAUUUGCACGUGCAACACGGAGGAAUCAAGACAACGUUGGACGCUGACGUUUAUAAUUUCGGGCUGGUUUUAUACGAAAUGUCGACUGGAACUGUACAACAAACCCCGACUACAGACAUGAUUCCAGCCACCAUCCCGCCUGCUAUACGAACUAUACUGGAGAGUAUUCUGUCUACCUCGGCCCAGCGAGAUGGUAUCCCAACUCUGGACGACCUCAUUGCGGAUAUAUUUUUCACCCCAACAACAUCCUCGACCCACGUUCAACCAGUCCUGAAGCUCUCCAACAAACACAAACAAGCUAUCUCUAUAGCAACGACCUGCUACGAAACUGCUCUGACCAAUGAUCAUAAAUCGGUAAAUCAGCUGAGACAGAAGACGAAAGCACUUCAGCGUAGCAUGACAGACGAAAAGAAGAAGAGAAGGAAGCGGCCCACGCGGGAGAAUUCUAUGAACAAGGAUAGAAACCAAGUCACAGCGGCACCACCGCCAGCCGCCCCAAAUGCACCAACUGCCCCGGCGGCGCCGCCUGCUCCGACUGCACCCAAAGCACCACCAGCCCCGGCCGCCCCCUCCGCUCCAGCCUCAACUCCUGUAACCCCUCUACCAAAUGGUGGAAGUGGAAAAUCAGCGCUGUUGAGUUCAAUACAAGGGUUCGGUUCUGGUAAACUAAAGAAAACUGAGACAAAUGAUAGAUCUUCUCCAAAAGUCUGAUUAAAAACUGACUGGUGCCACUGAUCUCAAAUGUACCCAAGAAAGUUUCGAACACUUUUGCCUUUGCACUGAUAUCUACUCGACUUAACUUUAAACUAAUAUCUUUGAAUUCAGUACCAGUUUUUGUUCAUACCGUUUUUAAACUAUAAGCGCAAUUAUACGCUGCUCCUACAAUAACCUAUUCGGCAUUACCGAUUUAUAACUAUAAGUGUUUGUAUUUCAAAGUGUAUACGUUAUGAAAGUUCAACUCAGCUUAAGCCUUAAA